UCCAUCCCUCCUUCCCUGCGCAGCAGCGGCGGUACCGAUGAACGGGCUCCGAGCGCUCGGCGGGCGGGCGGCGGCGACCUGGGUGCCGAUCUGCCUGCUCCUGCUUGGGCUGCUCCUGCCCGCAGCUGCCGGGGGAUGCGAGCUGGAAGCUGCGGACGUUGGCGGUGGUCGGCGGGGAGGACGAGGAGGUGCCGCCGCCCCUGCAGCGGAGCCGGCGGCGGUUGUGGCAGAUCCCUGCAGUUCCCUCAGCCCACCGUGCUUUACUGAGGAGGACCGAUUCAGCCUGGAAGCUCUCCGCAUGAUCCAUAAGCAAAUGGAUGAUGACAAGGAUGGUGGUAUUGAAGUAGAUGAAAGUGAUGAGUUUCUAAGGGAAGAUAUGCAAUACAAGGAUGCCUCUAAUAAACAUAGUCACCUGCACAGAGAAGACAAACAUAUCACCAUUGAGGAUCUGUGGAAACGCUGGAAAACAUCUGAAGUUCAUAACUGGACUCAAGAGGACACUCUUCAGUGGCUGUCAGAAUUUGUUGAGCUGCCCCAGUAUGAAAAGAAUUUUAGAGACAGCAAUGUCAAUGGAACAACACUUCCCAGGAUAGCAGUAAAUGAACAUGCCUUCAUGAUCUCUCACUUGAAAAUAAUUGACCGGAGCCAUAGACAGAAGCUUCAGCUUAAAGCCUUGGAUGUUGUUUUAUUUGGACCUCUCACACGUCCCCCUCACAACUGGAUGAAGGAUUUUAUAUUAACAGUUUCUAUAGUUAUUGGUUUUGGAGGCUGCUGGUUUGCAUAUACUCAGAACAGAACCUCAAGAGAGCACAUCACAAAAAUGAUGAAGGACUUAGAAAGUCUUCAAACAGCAGAGCAAAGUCUUCUUGACUUGCAGGAAAGGCUUGAGAAGGCACAAGAAGAGAAUAGAAAUGUUGCUGUGGAAAAGCAAAAUCUGGAGCGCAAAAUGAUGGAUGAGAUCAAUGAUGCAAAACGGGAAGCUCAUCGCCUAAGGGAGUUGAGGGAGGGAGCUGAAUGUGAGCUGAGUAGGCUCAAAUAUGCAGAGGAAGAGCUAGUACAGGUUCGCAUGGCUUUAAAAAAGGCUGAGAAGGAGUUUGAGCUGAGAAGUAAUUGGUCUGUUCCUGAAGCUUUGCAGAAGUGGCUUCAGUUAACACAUGAAGUUGAAGUACAGUAUUACAAUAUCAAAAGACAGCAUGCAGAAAUGCAACUAGCAAUUGCCAAAGAUGAGGCAGAAAAGAUAAAAAAGAAGAGAAGCACUGUAUUUGGAACAUUACAUGUUGCACACAGCUCCUCCCUUGAUGAAGUGGACCAUAAAAUCCUGGAAGCAAAGAAAGCACUCUCUGAGUUGACAACAUGUUUGCGAGAGCGUCUCUAUCGAUGGCAACAGAUUGAGAAGAUUUGUGGUUUUCAAAUAGCACACAAUUCUGGGCUACCAAGCUUGACCUCCUCUCUUUACUCUGAUCACAGCUGGGUAGUUAUGCCCCGAGUUUCCAUUCCUCCCUACCCAAUAGCAGGGGGAGUUGAUGACUUAGAUGAAGAUACUCCUCCAAUAGUUUCACAGUUUCAUGGGUCCAUUGUAAAACCUCCCAGCACACUGGCAAGAAGCAGUAGCUUGUGUCGAUCAAGACGCAAUGUUGUGCCAUCAUCUCCACAGUCUCAGCAUGCUUUGCACUCCCCUGACCCUGACAUCCUUUCUGUGUCGAGCUGCCCAGCUCUUUAUCGAACUGAAGAGGAGGAGGAAGCCAUUUACUUCUCUGCUGAUAAACAAUGGGAAGCACAGGAAACAGGUUCGGAAUGUGACUCGCUAAGUUCCUCCACUGGAAGGAAGCAAUCUCCUCCAGCAAGUCUUGAGAUGUACCAGGCACUUUCUCCUCAGAAAGUAUCCCCAGAAGAAUUCUCACUGGAGGAAUCAUCUACAGGAGACUCCUCUUCUCUAACUGCAGAUAUUUCUAGGGGCUCUCCUGACUGUGUAGGCAUGGCAGAAACUAAGAGCAUGAUCUUUAGUCCUGCAAGCAAAGUUUAUAAUGGAAUCCUGGAGAAGUCCUGCAGCAUGAACCAGCUUUCAAGUGGGAUCCCAGUCCCAAAGCCUCGGCACACCUCGUGUUCUUCAGCCAGCAGCGAUAGCAAACCCAGCCACGAAGCUGCUUCUGUCCCUAGGAUAAGUAGCAUACCACAGGACCUGUACCAAAAUGGUGAAAAAACCAAAAAGCCAUCAAAAAUAAAAAGCCUCUUUAAGAAGAAGUCUAAGUGAGCUGGGCAGAAGAAACCUAUAGUAAUGUUAUAAGAAGUCUAUUUUUUAAAUCUUUAGGAAUGUAAUUCCAUUUGAGCAUUCCAGGCUGGAUGCCCUAAUGGAAUGCUCUGUAGGUCAACUAUAUUUAACUGACUGUACUGUCAAAGGUUGUGCCAGCUGUCAUUAAAAGGUUCAGACAGUUUACAUUCAUUUCUGCUUAUUUAUUUCUUUUUUUUUUAGUUGGUCUUGUUUGUUUAGUUUAUUCAUAAACCAUUUAUAAGCCACUUUGGACUUCUGAGCUUUAAUGGACUAGUAAGCCUUCCUGGGCUUGCCAAAGUUUCUUGUUUACUGGAGCAUCUUCCUAUCUUUCCAUAGAGCUAGGACAUUUAUCUACCGGACUUUAAGAAAAAUAAAAGAAGUAGAACUAAUGGAAUUGCACUACUGUUUUACAGACUGGAAGAGUCUCUCUGCAAGUGAAACUGAAAGACUUGUAUUUGACUGAGAAGAUGAAUCUUUUCACUUUUAGAUCUUUCGGGUUUUUUAAGUAGAACUUAGGAUUUCUAAUUGACUUGAUUUCUGGAAAUGGAAAUGCCAUGCUUUUAUUAUGGGAAGCUUUGUUAGAUGCAUUUAUUAUUAGAAUGGUUCAAGUCCUGCUGUAAAGAUCAUGUUUUCCCCAGAACUUCCACUGUGAUUUUAUUUCACUGCAGGCUGUAUGACACAAAAAAAAAAAAAAAAAAAAAAAAAAAGGAAAAA